AUGAGCCAGACAUUUAUAAUCCAGCAAGCACGGGCCAGAGGCCAGGCAUUUCGAGAAAAUAAUGACGGAAGCUCAGCGUUUAUGAUGGCUCAAGCAAGAUCGAGAAUUUCCGUACAGUCGCGGUCAAGUCGAGGGAGUGUUGAUUCCACCGGACAAACGACUUCGAAUGCGCCGCAGAUUUGGUGGGAUGAAAGACGGAUCGUGGAGACCGUUACAAAUUCAUUCUUGCAACGGUCGAUAGGGGAUGAAUCAUUACGGGCUAAAUUACACAUGCCGAUGAUGGAGGGUUUGUCGGAUACAACUUUUGCAGAAUGGAUUCUCUGGAAGGCCAAACGAUUCUUUUUGAUCUUGCUCGAGCUUGGAGAGGUUGCGAAGGUGUUUGAUUUAGUGGAAAGUUCGUGGGAUGAUACGGACUUACCAUUGGAUUCUGAACAAAUCUCAAGAUUGCGGCUUAGAGAUCAAUCAGUAGAGAGGAAGUUCUUUAGAAGACAAUACGCAUUCCUUGUUCGCGAUCUUGAUCGGGGCGCCCAUAUCAACUACGAUGCAUACGAAACCAUCCCCAUCGAACCUUUAAAGACCGGGCUCACCGUCAGUAUCAACUCCCACGACAAAUUUGUUUUCCCUCGAACGCAACAGGUUGUUAUACGGAAAACAAUGUCCCUCAGCGAUCGAGUUAGAGAAGAAGAAUUUCAAGGAACGAUACAAUAUCUAAAAGAACUCACACACCACCAUAUCGUCGGACUUUACGCCUCGUAUACAGUACAAGAUGAGGGGUGCCUAUUAUUCGCACCUGCUACUGAACUUACACUAAAAUCGUUCUUUCAGAACCCUCCCGCGAUAUACAAAUCACUUUCAAAAGAAGGGAAAAGGCGGCAAAUGUUUGAUUGGAUGCACUGUUUAUCAGAUGCGGUCACGUUUCUCUAUGAGAGAGGAAUAGUCCACCGAGACAUCAGACCGAAAUCGAUUCUCAUCGACGGCACAAACAUUUUCCUUGCGGAUACCGGCGUGUCACAACGAUUAGAUGUUGGGAACAAAUCCGCAACUUCCACCGAAAAGCCAAACUACGAAUAUGCAGCGCCGGAAAUCUAUCGCCGUAGUCUGACACGACAGGAGACGGUCAGAAACGUCAUAUAUUCCGGCCGUGCAGUUUCUAGGAGGGGGUCACACGACUCAGCUAUAACAGCAGCCAUGCCGGAUAUGCAUGUUGUCGAUUGGGUACAAUCCACAGAGGACCAAAUCAAACGCAGUGACAUCUUCUCGCUGGCGUGCGUAUAUCUCGAAAUCAUCACAUUUCUCCAAGGGAAACGUUCGAUGAAAGACUUCGCUUCCCAUAGAGCAGCAAAAAACCGGCGUGGUGCGAGGGGUGCGAGGGGUGCACUCGCCGACCAAUCCUUCCAUGCGAAUCUAGAGCAGGUUAAUACCUGGAUCGCAAUGAUAACAAAAGAAGCCGACCGCAAAAACGAUGGUAAUGUCAAGCGCGCAGCUAGUUUAUGCUCGGAAAUGCUAUUCAAGGAACCUACUCAGCGCCCCGAACCUUGGGUUAUCAGAGAUAGGUUAUUUGUUAUGGCGGAGGAGGAAUGCAAUCCGAAUAUCCCACACUGUGGGAACGAAUGUUAUCGGACUGACAGGGUGUUCAGUUUUGGAGAUUGGGGGAGUACGAUGGAUGAGGUUCUCCAUACACCAGUUACGGAUUAUGGGGGUAGUCCUGGAAAGAGUAACGGUUUUUCAUGGUUCCAUGCGGAUGGAUAA